UUCAUCCUAAUCUCCUGAGAUGAAGUUGAAUUUCUUCGUUUCCGCUGUGGCUCUACUUGGUGCCUUCCAACCCCGCUAUGAAUGUAGAGCUAUUGAAACCCCCGGAGCACUUGAUCCAUUCCACAAUCUACAGGCAGAGCUGCAACAGCAACUCCCUAUUCUUCUGCGACUAGGAGAGGAGUACUUCAUUCGGCUUGACAACUCCAAUCAAAAUUCGCCCCAGUCUUCAUUGUCGAAUACAUCUCCUGGAGCUUCCGCGCGGUCAACAACGGUCAACAGGGCUUUACUUCAGUUUACGCAGCGUCUUCUGCAAGGUAAAGUCGGUAACAGCAAUCGGUUUCUGAACAGCUACGCUAACCAGAUGGAUGAUUCCACGGAGAGAGGAAAGCGGACCUGGCCGGGCGAAGAACCACCGAUCUCAUUGGAUCUCACGUUCCAUCUGCUGAGGGAAGUUCUAGAAAUGGCUAGAGACGAGCAAUUAGUUCAGCAGGCGUAUAGUAACCGGAAAAUGAUGGACAUAUUCGGGAAAUGAAAGUGUUAGAAAUACAUUUACCAAAUACAUUGUGUACAUCUUACAUAAACUGUACGUUACUAUUCCAUUUUUGUUUUACUCUUGAAUUGGUUAACUUUCGUUCUUUCAGUUAUUAUUUUUUAUUGAUUUGUAAAAUCGAGUUGUAAUUCGCUUUGUAGUUAUUACAUAGUGUGAUGAGAAAUAGGCAAGGCCAGU